AACCAGCAAAGUUAGCGGGACUUAAAUUUCCUUCUGAAAAACAGACUUACUGAAUGUAUGACUUAUUUAUUUAAUAUAAUGCGAGCUACUGUAAAUAUAAAUGUAGCAUGCAAGUUCACUAGAACAUAACAAAAUUAAAAGUGGCAUUUGUAAUAAUUCCUUCAUUUAAUAUUCCCAUUUGUAAAGGGCAACAUAAAUUUACUACAAAUUCGUUGUUCUUGAAAUACGAGGGGAUGUGAGUAAUUAAAACGGUUAAAAUUGUAAUAAGCAUGUUGCAUGAAUGUCAUGAUGGGAUGUGCGAAAAUAAGCAUUCCAACGCAGGUCCUACCUAUACUUGUGCGAACUGAAAAUAAAACGUCAUUUUUUGUUUAUUUCUUUUCAAUACGGGUAGAGACGCAUCAGUGUACCGAUUAAAUGCAGAGGACACAUUUCGUUGUUGUGCACUGUGUGUUGUGGUUUGUCAACAAUGACACUGAUCACCAAAUUCUAAAUUGUAAAAUUUGUGUCGCUUUGACUUCUGAAACUCGUUGCCUAGCAACAGACACCAAACAUGGCAGAAGAGAGGGAUAGCGCAGAAACUCUAGUUUCUGAAAUCCACAAAAAAAUCACCGACGCCUUUGAAGUCUUUGAUCAUGAGUUUAACAAGACAGUUGACAUCAGAGAAAUUGGUACGAUUAUACGGUCACUGGGAUGCUUUCCUUCGGAGGGGGAAUUGCAUGAUAUAAUCGCGGAGGUUGAGGAAGAGGAGCCCACUGGCUAUAUUCACUUCGAGAAGUUUCUCCCAGUGAUGACAAAGGUUUUAAUGGAACGCAAGUUUCGUCCCAUCCCUGAACAUCUCCUCAUUCAAGCCUUUGAGGUUUUGGAUCAGCAGAAGAAAGGCUACUUGGAACCAGAGGAACUUAAAAAACAUCUGACUCAAGAAGGUAAAAUGAAUUUUCCGUGGUCCAGGUGAUGACUGCAUCUGUCCACGAGAGCCCUUCACGCAGGAGGAGAUGGAGGAAAUGUUUUCUGCCGCCUUGGAUCCGGACAAAAAUGUUAUAUUCUACAAAGACUUUGUUAGCAUGAUGACUAUUGAGGAAACAUAGCUACAAAUUCUUCGCUCUUACUGUGAAACAAUAGCAGCGGAUGACGAGGAACGCCUGCAUGUACGCUGAGAAAACAGAAAUACGAUUUUUAACCGACACAACACGCCUUUCGAUUUAAUGUCCAUUCAGUAUCCAUCGCUUCUUAUUUAGUACCACUGUGUUUCCCAACCCAGUCCUCGGCGUCCGUCCCCUCCUGCCCACCACACACACACACACACACACACACACACACACACACACACACACACACACACACACACACACACAGGUUGUAAUUAUAUCUUUGUGGGGACUCUCCAUUCAUUUCUAUGGGGAAACUACCCAGCCCAAUAAUCCACAUACAUACAGUGCUUGAAGCGGGCCGGCACUCGGUUGUGUUGUACCGGUAAAGUUUUUCGCUUUAGUGAAGCGAGCAAGUGAACAAGGCAUUUGUUUUUUCACACUUCAAGCAGCGACCUAACUGUGUGUGUGUGUGUGUAUCCCCAAACAUAUAUCUGCACAGCAUAACAUAUUUUCACUACUGAACUGAUUUAAACCACAGUUAAUUUGGUCAUGAUGUUGGAGAAAUAUGAGGCUUAUCAUAAGAGUUAUCUUACUUUUGCUCCAAAUUAUCAACAUCACUUUUCCCAGGCAGAUCCAGGACUUCGACGCCGUAGGGGUAGAGAUUACCGUGAAAGAAACUGUUUGUAAAGUACAUGAUACGGUAUUUACAGCACCAGGACAAGUGCGAGAGCUUCAAGCAGAAUGUCUAUUAAAAAUCUACAACAA